CAAUGGCCUUCUUUCCUGCCGUGACCACUCCCCUGGGCCGGCUUCCCCUCCCAAACAGCCCUGCCUAGGGAGUCAGCCUGCCUUCUGGACCGCUGGGUGCUGCUCCCCACUUCUCAGCAGGAAAGCUCUCUUGGAAGAGCGGGAAAGGUCCCCGACUCCGGCCAUGCUGGCGCUGGCGCUGCUGUGUGCCUACCUGCUGCUGGCGCCCCGCGCCUCCCGCGCCUGGUCCGACCCGGACCCGGACGAUCUCGGCUCCAGCACGGCGGCGCAGAUCCGAGACAUGCACGAGAAAGUGACGGCGAUCUGGCAGGAGCUGACGCAGCGCCAGGCGGCGGGCGACGGCCAGGACACGGCGCUCCACGCCGCCUGCCAGGUGCAGCCGUCGGCCACGCUGGACGCCGCGCAGCCCCGGGUGAGCGGCCUCGUGCUCUUCCGGCAGCAGGUGCCCGGCGCCCGGCUCGAGGCCUUCUUCGACCUCGAGGGCUUCCCGGCCCGGCCCAACAACGCCAGCCGCGCCAUCCACGUGCACCAGUUCGGGGACCUC